AUGCUUUUCUUCAGUUUCUUCAAGACUCUGACCAACCAGACUGUCACCAUUGAGCUCAAGAAUGACAUCCGUAUCCGUGGAAUCCUCAAGUCGGUCGACCAGUACCUGAACAUCAAGCUCGACGACGUUGAAGUACUGGAGCUCGACAAGUACCCUCACCUGUCAUCGGUGAAGAAUAUGUUCAUCCGUGGUAGCGUUGUUCGCUAUGUGAUGCUGCCCCGAUCGGAAGUUGAUGUUGGUCUGUUGGAGGACGCUACACGGCGGGAGGCUGCCAACCAGGUGGGCAAAGCUCGUUAA